AUGAAACACUAUCACUUUGAAAGCAAGCCAGUGGCUCAUGCCGAUGCUAUCGUCUCGGGACCUCAUCACCGCUUCACUGUCCUCACCGACCGUCUGAUUCGGUACGAAUGGUCUUAUGACGGCAAAUUCGAAGAUCGAGCAUCGACUUUUGCCAUCAACCGUGAGUUUCCCGUGCCCAAGUUCCAGGUGGUCGACAGGCCCGAUGAACUCGAGAUCAUCAACGAUCAUUUCCACCUGAGCUACGACAAGAAGCGGUUCAGCGCGAGUGGCCUGUUGUGCAGCUUCUCGGCCAAGGUCACUCUCUGGGGAGCGCAAUGGCGAUUCGGUGCUCAACCCAGCCAUGGCAGACAGGAGAACCUGGGUGGAACGGCACGGACAUUGGACGAGGUUGAUGGACGAUGUGACAUGGGCAACGGCGUGCUGUCGAGGUUUGGUUAUGCCGCCCUUGACGAUACCAAGUCGAUGCUGUUUGAUGGUCAGGGCUUCGUGGCUGGUCGACGACCUGGUGAUCGGAUUGAUGGAUAUCUCUUCUGCCACGGUCACGAUUACAAGGGCGCCAUCAGGGACUUUUACGCCGUCAGCGGCAAACAGCCCUUACUUCCCCGCUGGGCGCUCGGGAAUUGGUGGUCGAGAUACUACAAGUACCGUCAGGACGAGUACAUUGGCCUGAUGGACCAAUUCAAGAGCAAAGAAGUUCCCCUGUCGGUCGCUGUGGUGGAUAUGGAUUGGCACAUGGUGGACGAUCCUCGCGUCCCUCAUGCUGGAUGGACGGGUUAUACCUGGGACAAGAAGCUGUUCCCCGAUCCCGCCACGUUUGGACGAGAGAUUCACAGUCGGAACCUGAAGAUCACCCUCAACGACCACCCGCACUCGGGCAUCCACUCGCAUGAAGAUUCGUACGAGGACAUGGCCAAGUUCCUGAGCCACGACACCUCUCAGAAGAAUCCUAUCCUGUUUGAUCCGACGACUCCCAAGUUUAUGGAAGCCUAUCUGGGGAUUCUCCACCGGAGUAUAGAGAAGAUCGCCUGUGAUUUCUGGUGGAUUGACUGGCAACAGGGCUCUCAUACCAAAGUGCCGGGAAUUGACCCGUUGUGGUUGCUCAAUCACUUCCAUUUCCUCGACAACGCCCUGGAUGGCAAACGCCCGCUCAUCUUUUCGCGAUAUGCCGGCCCAGGCAGCCACCGCUAUCCCGUGGGGUUCUCGGGGGACACGGUGACAACAUGGGCCUCGCUGGAGUUUCAGCCCGAGUUCACCGCCACGGCGUCCAACAUCGGGUACGGCUGGUGGAGUCACGACAUUGGCGGCCACUUCCACGGGAAACGCGACGACGAGCUGGUCACGCGCUGGGUGCAGUUUGGCGUCUUCAGCCCCAUCAUGCGUCUGCAUUCCUCCAACUCGAGGUGGACGUCCAAGGAGCCCUGGCUGUAUCGGGAGGAGAGCGAACAUGUCAUCGAGACAUUCAUGCGCCUUCGACACCGCAUGAUCCCUUAUCUCUACACGUGCAACGUCCGCGCCUCGACCCAGGACGAGCCCCUCAUGCAGCCCAUGUACUGGCUCUUCCCCGAGCGCGGCGAGGCUUACCAGGUGCCGAACCAGUACUUCUUUGGUUCGGAGCUCAUGGUGGCGCCGAUCGUGAAGCCACGGGACCGGCGGACGAAUCUGGCCUGCGUCAAGGCCUGGUUGCCGCCCAUGCACCGGCACGUGGACAUUUUCACGGGCACCGUCUACGACGGGAACAGGGAACUCAACAUGUACCGCCCGUUGCAUGAGAUCCCCGUCUUGGCGCACGAGGGCAGCAUCAUCCCCCUGGACGCGAACCGGACGCCCGGCAACGGUGGGCUCAACCCAGAGCACUUUGAGGUUCUCGUGGUGAUUGGCCGCGAUGGGCAGACGUCCGUCCUCGAGGAUCCUGCCGACGACUACAACUCGGAUCAAGCCAAGAAAGAGGCUCUUCCUCAGACCGCAGGCGAGCGCACUUCCCAGAUCCAAUGGAACCAGGCCAAGGGCGAACUCACGGCCCAUAUCACGCACGGGCGGACGUGGAGCUUCCGCUUCCUCGCCGUCACCGAGACGCCCAAGGACCUCAAAGUCACGGUCGACGGCCAAGACCGCACCGGGGAUACCGGCGUCUCCGUCUCAAAGUUCCCCGACACGCCCUCGAUGCUCGUGCACGUCCCUUCUCCUCAAGCUUCCCCGGCCCCGCGCCCCGACACGUACACCAUCACCGUGUCUCUCUCCGGUGAACGCGGCGGCGGCGACCCGCAACUGAGCGUGCUGGACCACAAGCCGCGCAUCGAGAAGCUGCUGCUCGACUACCAGACCGAGUUCGACGUCAAGGACAAGAUCUGGAGCAUCGUCGACGACAGGGACAGCGCCAUCAACGUCAAGAUGGGCAAGUUGAUGAGUCUCGGCAUCGACGAGUCCUUGACCGGGCCGGUGGCAGAGUUGAUCUUGAGUGAUGUCCGAGGCAUGCAUUUGUGA